UUGUAUUUCCCUAGAGGAAUAUUUCGGUCCAGGAAGGAGGAUAGUGCAUGCAAUGUGAGUGUGUGUGCGUGUGAGUGCGUGUGUGUGUGUGUGUGUGUGCUGUGCUGUGCGUGCGCGCCCGCGGAGAGAGGGGCGGGGGAGGCGGAUGAGGAGGAUGAGAUCAUAGUUUCAGGAUCCUCAGGAAACCCUGGUACUGGCAGCAGCCAGCCUCUGCUGUGCCCACAUGACCCACAACUCUGGCAGCGGACCCGGCACUUCCAACAUUAUUAAAUAAUAAGAAAGCGGCUCCUACUCCGUGCCCAAGCCUCCCUACAGACCAAUGGACACCUUCUAAGAGUUUGGCGAGUCGGUGACUGAGGCGCCCGUCCAUUCCAAGAUUAAUAGGGUUGACCAGUUCCUUCAUGAAGUGCUUGGAGAGCCUUUACAUGCCAUAGUCAACUGCCAUCAACGAAAAGAAAACAGAUGGUUUUGGAAAGUUCAUGCUGUUUCUUCACUGAAUUUUAGAAUGAUUGAAGAUAGUGGGAAAAGAGGAAAUACCAUGGCAGAAAGAAGACAGCUGUUUGCAGAAAUGAGGGCUCAAGAUCUGGAUCGCAUCCGACUCUCCACCUACAGAACAGCAUGCAAACUUAGGUUUGUUCAAAAGAAAUGCAACCUGCACCUGGUGGACAUUUGGAACGUCAUCGAAGCACUGCGGGAAAAUGCUCUGAACAACCUGGACCCAAACAUAGAGCUCAAUGUGGCCCGCUUGGAAGCUGUACUUUCCACCAUUUUUUACCAGCUCAACAAACGGAUGCCAACCACUCAUCAAAUUCACGUGGAACAGUCCAUCAGCCUCCUGCUUAACUUCCUGUUGGCCGCCUUUGAUCCGGAAGGUCAUGGUAAAAUUUCAGUAUUUGCUGUCAAAAUGGCAUUAGCCACACUCUGUGGAGGCAAGAUCAUGGACAAAUUAAGAUAUAUUUUCUCAAUGAUUUCUGACUCCAGUGGGGUGAUGGUUUAUGGACGAUAUGAUCAAUUCCUGCGGGAAGUUCUCAAACUACCCACCGCGGUUUUUGAAGGUCCUUCAUUUGGUUACACAGAACAGUCAGCUAGAUCAUGUUUCUCUCAACAGAAAAAAGUCACAUUAAAUGCUUUCUUGGACACGCUUAUGUCAGAUCCUCCCCCUCAGUGUCUGGUCUGGCUGCCCCUGCUGCAUCGACUGGCAAAUGUAGAAAAUGUCUUCCAUCCAGUUGAAUGUUCCUACUGCCACAGUGAGAGCAUGAUGGGAUUUCGCUACCGAUGUCAACAGUGUCACAAUUACCAGCUCUGUCAGGACUGCUUCUGGAGGGGACAUGCCGGUGGUUCCCACAGCAACCAGCACCAAAUGAAAGAGUAUACAUCAUGGAAAUCACCAGCUAAGAAGCUAACUAAUGCAUUAAGCAAGUCUCUGAGUUGUGCUUCCAGCCGUGAGCCUUUGCACCCCAUGUUCCCCGACCAGCCUGAGAAGCCACUCAAUUUGGCCCACAUCGUUGAUACUUGGCCACCCAGACCUGUUACCAGCAUGAAUGACACCUUAUUCUCCCAUUCAGUCCCCUCCUCAGGAAGUCCUUUUAUUACCCGGAGUAUGCUUGAGAGUUCAAACCGGCUUGAUGAAGAGCACAGGCUGAUCGCCAGAUAUGCAGCAAGACUGGCAGCGGAAUCCUCUUCUUCUCAGCCAACUCAGCAGAGAACUGCUCCUGACAUCUCCUUCACCAUUGAUGCAAAUAAGCAGCAAAGGCAGUUGAUUGCAGAACUAGAAAACAAGAACAGAGAAAUCUUACAGGAGAUCCAGAGACUGCGGUUAGAGCACGAACAAGCUUCUCAGCCCACUCCAGAGAAGGCUCAACAAAACCCCACUCUGCUGGCAGAGCUCCGGCUCCUCAGACAGCGCAAGGAUGAGCUAGAACAGAGAAUGUCUGCUCUCCAAGAGAGCCGGAGAGAGCUAAUGGUCCAGUUAGAGGGUCUCAUGAAGCUACUAAAGACCCAGGGGGCAGGUUCCCCUCGCUCCUCCCCCAGCCACACCAUCAGCAGGCCCAUCCCCAUGCCCGUGAGGUCUGCAGCGGCCUGCUCCACCCCGACUCACACGCCUCAGGAUUCCCUCACAGGGGUCGGGGGAGAUGUCCAAGAGGCAUUUGCACAAAGUUCAAGAAGAAAUUUAAGGAAUGACUUACUAGUUGCAGCAGAUUCCAUCACUAACACCAUGUCCUCUCUCGUCAAAGAGCUGAAUUCAGAGGUGGGAAGUGAAACCGAGAGUAACGUGGAUUCUGAAUUUACACGGACUCAGUUUGAGGAUCUGGUUCCAUCGCCAACCUCUGAAAAGGCUUUUCUAGCGCAAAUCCAUGCCCGAAAACCGGGAUACAUGCAGAGUGGCCCUGCCCCCAGCACCAUGCGUGGUGAAGUGGUUACAGAAGAUGGGGAUCCCUACGUGCAGCCAGAGGAAGAGAACUAUGAGGAUGACUCGGUCAGGCAGCUGGAGAACGAGCUCAAGAUGGAGGAAUACCUGAAACAGAAGCUGCAGGAUGAAGCCUACCAGGUCAGCUUGCAAGGUUGAAUACAAUAUCCUUUUAUCACUCUCCUCUCAAGCAAGCUAUAGUCAGACAGAUGAUGAAAGUAACAUGAAAGCUGGUGAUGAAGGAGAGCGCUGCACCCACCCACUCAGAGGAGAAGACAGCCUGGCAGCAACCUCAUCGGACAGAGGAGCCACCACACGCAGCAGCUCCUGACAGACCCCACCCCUAAAGAUGUGCUCUGCUGACUGUAGUGCAGCUAACUUUUUGUUCUAAAAUUUAUAGUUCCUAGGUAUGUGUUUUCAGAAGGAAAAAAAAAAAGACUUCUGUUCCAAGAUAACUUAUCAGCUACAUCUCCUAUAACAUGGCUCAUCCCUGGUUAAAACAAAACCAAACAGUACCACACAGGCUGAAUGCCCUUGCUGCUGUGACUCACCAUGGCAGUAUUAACAGACAUUUUAAACCUUGCACAUGAUAUUGAACCUGUUCAGUUUACAAUGAUAAUAUUAAUACUGUUUAUAGCUAGAAGUUUGAUUUCUGAGUUCUUUGAGGUUUUAGCAAAACCGUUUAUUAUACACUGUACAUUUUUCCACAGCAAUUGGAAAAAAACAACCACUUGCAAUUAUUCACUAACCCUGGAGGAUUUGUUUCCUGAGUGUACAGACUCAGAGCCCCGAAUCCAAGAACAGCCUUGGCCUGCAGUCUCUACACUUGUCUCCAAGUCUCUGGGGGCAGUGACUUGGAACAAUCACAUCGGGAUAACCCAGUCUUUGGGGCUUCUUUCCAACUUGGGGUUGUUUUCUUUCAAGAUUCUCUGAUGAAUCAGCCAUAGAAUUUAGUGUAAAUAUUUUUUCCAAAUAGAUAUCAUAUUCAAAAAAGGCAACAUUCAAAUUAUAUAGAAUCUAGUUUUUAAAAGCAGCACAGAUCUUCUUAAAAACUGUGAACUAUGUUUUGAAAUAUUCGUUACUAAAGCUGUUUAUAAACCACAGGUGCCAUAAGAUCCCCAAAUGGACUAAAGUUAUCUAUGCUCUUCCAUGGUCUUGUUCCUGUUUUAGCUUUAGGGAGCAUGCCUCUAACAGCACUGCUCAUUCACACUUUCCCCUAUCAGGUUGUUUGGAGGCCUUCAGCUUUAAAUGUACAGGCUUAAAGUGCGCUUGCAAACAUUCACUCUCCUUUUCUUUCUGAAUGUUUAUUGCCUUAGCUGGCUACCUGGUGUUCUGCAUGCAGCCUUCUGUGGUCAUGUGGGAGAAAACAGGCUCUUCUACGCUGACUUAGGAUUUUGCACUUAAGGAAAAGCCAGUGUGCAAAAGGACUGUCAGGGAAGGGAGAAUGAAAGACUCUGUUUUGAUGGUCCUUUACCAGAGUUUUCUUUGGGGUGUGCUGAGGACCUCCUUAGGAAUUCUGGAAAAAUGAAAAAAAAAGCAUCUACUUGUUUCAAGAUUUGGUGAAAUGAAAUCUACAACAUAUUGAAUAUGUUAUGCUUAAAUUGGUAGCUUCUCUGGAAUUCCUGUUUUUCCUUUAAAAGAAAGAAGAGAACAUCAUUUUAGAACAGUGGUUCUCAAAGUGUAUUCCUUGGACAAAGCAGCAUCUGUGUCACCUGAGAAUUUACUAGAAAUGCAAACUCUUAGGUUCCACUCAGGCCUAUGGAAUCAGAAAUUCUGAGGGUGGUGGUCCAGCAAUCUCUUUUAAUAAACCCACCACAUAAUUCUGAUGCAUGUUAAAGGUUGAGAACCACUGCUUUUGAGUUAAAUUGUAUCAUCAAAUCUCUGAAAAGACCUUAUUCAGAAUAAGCAAGAAACAUUUUGCAUCCCCGUCAAAGCUUCAGCAAUUCAAUUUUGCUUCCAGGGCCAGCAAUAUUCUUCUCCUUCUCUACCUAGUUUGAAGUUGGUGGGUCCCCAGCAAAGAAAAGAUAUCCUGACAUCUUCAAGAUCCCUCCUCAGGAGGCACUAAAAUGUUUGGGUUUAGUAAGAUGUUUGGCAUUUAGUCAGAAAUCAUCUCAGCUGCUCUUUGCAACAAAAUCACUUGCCUUGGGCAUGACGAAUCUCUUGGUUGCCAUUCAUUGGGAACCCAUUCUAUUCGCUCAUGUAUUUAUUCAUACUUCCCUCCAGAGAACCAGCCUGAUAAAUGUCCCUAAGAACAGGCUGAUACCAAAGUGGCACAACUGCACAGUUCUCAGAUUUCUUUGCACCAGAUGGAUUUUAUUGUGGGUUUUCUUGGUGUAUCUUAAUGUUCAUCUCCUCGCUACUGCCCAUCUUCUGUGAAACCACCCAUCUCUAGGUGGAGCAGGUGGCCCCUUGGGCCACAUAUUUAGUACUUAAAAACCAUGACACCCCAGCUACCUUCAUUGCUGUUGGCUCUAACUCAUCGCCAGGUAGUUCUUGAACUCGGAACCCUGGCCCCGUACAUGGCAUUCAGCCACUGACUGGACAGAGCUGACGUAAGUUGUCACUUGUGUUUUUUCAUUAAAAUGUUUGUCUAAAGUUUGAACUGUUUUUCUGAUAUCCUCCCUGGUCAUAGCUUUCCUUGCCAAUUUCAUCACAAGGUUGUUGAUACCAUCAUACAAAGCCAUUGCAAGGACUCUGGAAACUGCUGCCGAUGACCGGUUCCUGACUAACCAGCCACCUUUUCUUUCUCUUAGCUCCACGUCAGCACUGAGACCAGACUCAAGCACCCCUGUCAUGUAACCGAGACAAAAUGGCGUGUAUUCUUUUGGGGUUUUGUGGUUUUGGGUGGGUUUCUUUCCUUGGCUCUCCAAAUUUACUUUUGGGACCUGUUCUAAGUGCAGACCCAGCAGGUUUCACCUGUCCUGUCUGUCCGAUAACAUUUAUAUUUCACAAGGAAUGUUUCUUUCUUGUUUCACAGAGUCUUGCACAUCCAUUUCCAUCAGAAAUGAUGGUCUAUUAAUGAGCACUGGUCUAACACAGCCCAGCCAUCUCCCAUAACACCAUGUCAAUGGAGGGAGGGAGGAGGGUAAAGCCCAUGGUAUGGAAUCAGGAAUCAGUUGUGGUUGGUCAGGACGGAAGUCGGGGUAAGUUUGGUUGGUCAGAGGGAGAUGUGCCAGAGAUUGUGAAAAUGGAUUCUUGAGUGAUCUACUAUAAGGCAGGGAAGGUUCAUUUGUAAGUAGUAACGUGAACUGAAUUGCCUAAGAGUGUGGCCUUUGUUGUGAUCUACUAUGUAUUUUCUUCUAUGCAUGAACCAAACUGUUGCAUCAUAAUUUAGCACUGAUGUCUGCUUUUAUUUUGAUCAUCUUCAUCCACCCCUAUUAGUUCUUGGCUGUUAACUGUAGAUAGACCUUGUAAAUAUGGCAACCUACAGUUGCUGCAGUCACCUUGGUUCAAUUCCACACUGGGAGCCACAAAUAAGAAUUCCACUGUGUCCUCAGAAGAAAGGGCAUUUUUACUUUUGAACCAAAAAGAGAAAAAAAAAAAAAAACAGAAUCACUACAUUUUGAGGCUAAUUAACUGUAAGACAUUUUUAAUUAUGACUACUGCAAUUUGACACCAUUUGAAAUAACCAAUUCAGAGACACUAAAGAUUUCACAAUAUUCAUUGGUAUUGUAACAAAACUACUAUUGUAUGGUUUUUUGUAUUGCUGUUAAGUAUUGUUUUGUGUGGGUGUGUGUGUGUGUGUGUGUGUGUGUGUUGGAACCUCCUGGGGACAUGUUAUAUUUUGAAGUGAUUAAACUAUUUAAUUGUGUGUCUAUAUUUUGGAAUGGAAUUAUUUCUUCAUUAAAAAUGUUUUUAAAAACA